UGACAUGUGAAGUGUGUGUGUGGAGUUUUGGCUCGUAUGCUGGAGCGUGCACGAGUCAGCGAAGGGGGUAAGAGUAAAGUCCAGCUCAUAAACAGAAGAGUAAAGAGGAGGAGAGAGAGCGCACAUACACGCGCUUUAAGAGCCUCCAAAGAGUUCGUACACUUUCCUGUCCAGACUUUAAAGUCCUGAACCGAUUUGCAGUGGAUGUACAGGCAUGUCGCCGGCUCACGAGAGCGGAGGAAGGUGGAGGCUGAGGCGCACAGAACACAGACUGGCACCGUGGAGACGCGCGCAACACCAACUGGCACCGUGGCGACGCGCGCAACACCGCCGCAGCCUUCUGCACUUCAUCAUGAUUGUAUUGAGCAGCUCCAUGACGCGCACUGCUGCCGGAGCUGAAGCUCCCUCCGAGCCAAACGUGGUGACUGCCUCCAGCUGGAAUGUUUCCAGUGAAGCACAGAAAGACCACUUCCUCAGGCUUGAUGCUCCCAUGAACAACAUCACCACGUCUCUGGGACAGACUGCUGAGAUGCACUGCCAUGUGUCGGGAAACCCACCACCCACAGUGCGCUGGCUGAAGAACGACGCUCCGGUGACUCCAGAGGCACGUCGCAUUUCCUACAAACAGACUCCGUACGGCUCACGGCUGCGUAUCCGCAACCUGGACACCACGGACACCGGGUACUUCCAGUGUGUGGCCACCAACAGCUACGGCACCAUCUCUACUACGGGAAUACUUUUCGUGAAAUUCGAUCCGUUGCCAACCCCCCAGUCUGGAAAACCUUCACCAGAGGACUUUGAUGAGGAAGGUUUCUGCCAGCCGUACAGAGGAAUCGCCUGUGCUCGCUUCAUCGGGAACCGGAGCAUCUUUGUGGACUCGCUGCAAAUGCAGGGCGAGAUCGAAACUCAAAUAACCGCUGCCUUCACCAUGAUUGGCACAUCCAACCACCUAUCAGAUCGUUGCUCUCAGUUUGCCAUCCCAUCGCUCUGCCACUUUGCCUUCCCCACAUGUGACCGGAGCUCUGGCAUUGAUAAACCAAGAGACCUGUGCAAAGAUGAGUGUGAGAUCUUGGAGAACGACCUGUGUAAGACAGAGUACAUCAUCGCCCGCUCCAACCCCAUCAUCCUUAAACGACUCAAACUGCCCAACUGUGAGGACCUUGCCGUUUCAGACAGCCCCGAAGCUGCCAACUGCAUGAGGAUUGGCAUCCCUAUGGGCGAGUCCAUCAACAAACAUCACAAGUGCUUCAACAGCAGCGGGUCGGAUUAUCGGGGCACAGCAAGCGUGACGAGGUCAGGCCGUCAGUGCCAGCCGUGGAACUCGCAGUAUCCACACAGCCACACUUACCUCCCUGUGCGCUAUCCAGAGCUAAAUGGCGGCCACUCAUACUGUCGUAACCCAGGAAACAAGCAGGAGGCACCCUGGUGCUUCACUCUGGACGAGAGCGUUCUCAUGGAGAUGUGUGACAUCCCUGCAUGUGACCCGGAGAAGCGCGGUGGCAGCAGUAUAGAGAUUCUCUACAUCCUGGUCCCCAGUGUUGCUAUCCCUUUAGCCAUCGCCUUGCUUUUCUUUUUCAUCUGUGUGUGCCGGAAUAACCAGAAAGCCUCGCGUCCACCCAUCCAGCGCCAGCCCAAACCUGUACGUGGCCAGAACGUUGAGAUGUCCAUGCUGCCUGCAUAUAAGCCCAAGACUAAAGCCAAAGAGCUACCUCUAUCAGCUGUACGUUUUAUGGAGGAGCUGGGUGAGUGCACGUUUGGUAAAAUCUAUAAAGGUCACCUGUACCUGCCAGGUAUGGAGCAUGCUCAGCUUGUGGCUAUUAAGACUCUGAAGGACUACUCCAGCCCACAGCAAUGGAAUGAAUUCCAGCAAGAGGCUUCUGUCUUAGCUGAGCUCCACCACCCCAGCAUUGUGUGUCUCCUGGGUGUGGUGACACAGGAGCAGCCUGUGUGCAUGCUCUUUGAGUUCCUGCCACUCGGAGAUCUCCACGAGUUCCUGGUCAUGCGCUCGCCACACUCUGAUGUCGGCUGCAGUAGUGAUGAGGACGGCACAGUUAAGUCCAGCCUGGACCAUGGAGACUUCCUGCAUGUUGCAAUGCAGGUAGCAGCUGGCAUGGAGUACCUGGCAAGCCACUUUUUUGUUCACAAGGACCUGGCAGCAAGGAACAUACUUGUAGGAGAACAACUUCAUGUUAAAAUUUCAGACCUGGGACUGUCAAGGGAUAUCUACGCUUCCGAUUACUAUCGGGUGCAGCCCAAAAUGAUGCUUCCCAUCCGCUGGAUGCCUCCAGAAGCCAUCGCGUACGGAAAGUUCACCACAGAUUCCGACAUCUGGGCUUUUGGAGUCGUUCUAUGGGAGAUCUUUAGCUUCGGCCUUCAACCCUACUACGGAUUCAGCAACCAGGAAGUGAUAGAGAUGGUGCGCAAGAGGCAACUCCUGCCUUGCCCGGAUGACUGCCCACCACGUGUCUACACGCUAAUGAACGAGUGCUGGCAGGAGGGACCUGCACGGAGACCCAGGUUUAAGGACAUCCAUGCUAGACUGCGUGCUUGGGAGGGCUUGUCAUCACAUGCUAGCUCCAGCACACCAUCUGGAGGAAAUGCCACUACUCAGACCACCUCACUCAGUGCCAGCCCUGUCAGCAACCUCAGCAGCCCACGCUAUGCAGGAUACAUCUACGGAGCUCCUCAGGGGAUACCAGCAGGUCAGAUUGCAGGUUUUGUGGCAGCACCAAUUCAACAGAAUCAACGUUUCAUCUCUGUGAAUGGAUACGCCAUCCCGCCAGGCUACACUGCUUUUCCAGCUGCUCACUUUGCUUCAACGCAGGCACCCACACGAGUGCUCCAGCACGGUCCUCCCCCUAAGAGUCGCUCCCCCAGCAGUGCCAGUGGCUCCACCAGUACGGGCCAUGUUACUAGUGUGCCCUCCACAGGCUCGAACCAGGAUGCAAACACACCACUGCUUUCAAACUGUAUCACUCUUGCUCCUGUGGCCAUGCAGGGUGGCGCAGUGUCCAUGUUUGGACACAUGGCACAAAAAGGGCUAACGAUGGACCCGGCUCAGGCGUCUCUGUUAGCCGAUUCCAACAGACUCAUGUACAGCGACUCAGUCAUCACCGCUGACUUGUGAAUAAUUUUUUUCCUUUUUUUGUAAAUGAUAAGAAUUAUUGAUGUUUUAAUGUUUUUCCUUUCACUCUGUAAAUACCAACUAGCCGGAAUGAAAUGUAAAAGAUUUAUUUUCUAUGUUUUUAUAUGAAAAAUGCUAGAAAAGGUUAAAGGAAAUGACAUCUGAACAAGAAUUUGGGACCCUUUGAUUUCCUUAUGUUCUUUUUUAGCUGCAUUGAGGAUUCCUUGCUAUAAAGUAAUCCUCAUACUGACCACAGCUCUGAAAUACAACGGACAUGAAAUCAUGUCUUUUUCACUAACGCCUGCCUCAAAGCCAUUUUGAAUGGACUGUGUCUUGAGCUCACAUCAGCAUUUCACAUUCUCUUUUCUCAAUCAAACUCAUCAGUCUCACAAUUUUGGUGUAGCUUUGGUAAUUGUAGCUAACUGUGAUCAGGUGUACUGAUUAUUGAAGUUUGUUCUACCAGAUUUCAUUUCAAAUUACUUUGGCGAUCAGUUGUUGUCUUGUUUUUAUUUCAGUCUUACGUUGCCUUUACAGGUAGCUUAACAAAUUCUAGUAAAUUCAGUCAAUGACAUUAUACAUGUGCGUUGCAUAGGCUAAAAACUUUCAGAUUUCUGGUGAGUGCAAACAUCUGUGUAGCCUAAGGCCAAAAUGAAGACAAAGAUAUUAUAUUUAUCGUAUCUCCUCUUUUCUGAUUCUUCCAGCUUGACCAAUCUAUGGCCGACUAAGACAGAUAUCUGUAACUGUGUCAAGCUUCUGCUACUAUUCCUAAACAACAGUGACUGCAAACAUUUGCUUUCAACUACUUUUAUGCCAUGUUUGAUGAGAAAAAUCAGAUCAAUUUUAUUGCAAAAGGUGUUUUACAUUAGCUUAAUGAUCAACUUUGAGAUUUCACGGUUCUUUGUAAAUAUUUCAGUAAUCAGAAUUAAUUAAUUUAUCAUAGAAUUAAUUAUAGUGUUGUUGGCUCAUUAUAAUUCCAAUUUUUGGCAGACCCUGUUAUCCAAAGUGCCUUAGAGUUGAACAAAUGAAGGUUAGGGGCUUGGAUCAGUGGCAGUUUACAAGUACUAACCAAAAUCACAAAAUUCCAGAUCCAUAACCUUUAAUUCACCACUGCUCCAGAGCAGUAUACUUAAACUGAGCUGGACUGUUAAUUCUUUAAAGUGACCUGCCAUGGUUUCAACUUUUCUGUGUUCUGGCUUGCCCACUAGGCUCUGGUCAUUGGUCAUAUGAGCCAUCUACUGAACUGAAUAGCCAUGUCCUCUGUCUAUGUAUAUAAUUGGCUGGCUAAUUAUCUCUAUCUGCCUGUGUAACCAUUGGCCACUAUACUCUAAGUCUACCUAAAGAGGUCCAUUGGUGCUUUGCAUUUCUAGCUUAAUCUGUCAUUCUAUGCAAACUCAGAUAAAACUAGGUUUUUUGCCUUUGCAUUGUGCAUUAUAGAGAAAGUCUAGAAAAGAUAUUUUCUGUUUUAUUAAAGAAUGACAUUUUAUAUGGUUGUAGUUACAUUUCAUAUUAUGAACCCCUUUGUAAAAACAAUCUAGAGCCUUGUUAUAAAUUAUAGCAACUAUAAAUCCUUGUUCUCUCACCAACUUCUCUAUCUUUCCCUUUCUUGAAGAUACAGUAAAAGCAAAUUGUAUCUUUAACCAGAAACCACAAAAUGCCCUGUCAUGAAGACUUUCCUUUGAUGGAAACCUUAUACCUCGAACAGAACAGCUUUAGUUCUGAUUGUAACAAAGCUUUGACACUUGAGACUCCUUCCAAAAUACUAAUUCAUCAUCUCGGAUCAGAACAUUUUACCGUACCAACGAUGCCAUGUAAGUCCUUGCUAGACACCAUAAGGAUUAUUAGAACGAGUGCAUUAAUAUAUGUAAUAUUUCUGCAGUAGAAACUAUAACUGUCAUUCUUCUGACCAAUCAGAUCUGAGAAUUCAACAGCCAACAUUGUCAGCCAAAAAGCAAAAUUCAACUACAUCAUAAUGUAUCUGUUUUAUGAAACAUGGUUAUAGAGUAUAUGUACAAGGUUCACAGAGACUAUGAGAUUCUUAUUGUAGAAAUGAAGUGAUUGUUUUUUCUCUCUUCUUUUUUUUCCUUCAUAUUAUUGAUAAAACUUGUAUCUGCCAGCUAGUAUUAUCACAUUCUUAUUUCCUUUGUGUGUCUACUCGUCUAGACUGGACUGGGAGCUUCACCGUUACAUCAAAGGGUUUCGCUGUACUUUCUAGUCACUAUCUAUUUCUUAUGUUUAUUUUAGUUAGUUGCUAUGCAACUAUCAAAAUUCAGAAGUGCACCAGGGUUCAGUCUGUCAUUCAGGGUACAGUGUAAAGGCUACGUCUUCUUGGGAACUGACUUUUUGCCUUUGUCAUAAUGUGUUAUAGCAUAUUAUGACUGAACAUCACCUUGCUAUGCAUGUAAUAACUGAUAUUUGAAUUAAUAGUUUAUUUUUGAAUCGAUGGAUUAUUUUUGUACACCGUUUGUAACAAUAAUAUUGCAAUAUUCUUGUACCUCUAACCCUAUUGAGAUUCUUAGUGAUCUUGAUUAUGGUAUGAGCUCAUGUUUGUAACAUAUGGACAAAUCGCAUAUCUGUUCUUUCUAAGUGUCUUCAAACAUUUGCCUCCAGGAAUAUCAGAGGUUUUAUACAGCUGUUUCAUUUUUAACCAUAAUCGUUUGUACGGCAAUUCAAAAACCACUUAUUCAUGAAGACUGUGAAUAUUUUUUUUUUGUGGCUUCAUUAAGGACACAGUAAAUACUUGCUAAACGUUUACAGUCUUUAUAUGUCAACUUGAGUGGCCUUGAUUCUAUUUUUUGUCAUUGUGAGAAAAGAAUUUUGCACAAAUAGUUUGUAUGGCAAAAUUACUAUUAAACGACUGUUUUUUGUCA